AUUUGAUAAAUAGUAAAAACGAAUGAGUGAUCAUAAUAAAGAUAAGCAAUUUUAUGAAAAUUAAAGUAAGGAGUUAAGAGUUAAAUAUUAAAAAGCAAAGGAUGGAUCAUGUAAUAGUGAAUUUAAAGAAUAUAGCAACAUCUGAACAUAACCCUAAAAGAGAUAAAGCAUAAAAAGUAUUGUUCCUUAUAAUGAUUUUAUACUCAAUCAUUUUGGUUACUUUUGUAUUACUGUUAUAUUGGGUAAGAGAUUUUCGAUACUUUUGUUUUAAUGUGCUUAAUGAUUUUAAUGAGUAGGGUAAAUUUAUUAUAAAAAUAUAGAUAGGGCAAUACAUAGGUGCUUUUUAUAUAGGAAUGAUUGGUUUAUGGUUUGUUUUAACAGGCUUUAAUGUUGUUUUAUAUGAUAUUUUAGCAGGAUUCUUAAUUCAGCCUUUUUGGUUUGCUCUAUUCACAGUUUCCUUAGCCAAAUUCUUAGCAAAGUAUAAAUUAUUAAAUAUAAUUAUAUAGAUAUCUUGGCUUUUUGAUAGGAAGAUAUGCUGUUAGAAGUUUUAUUUAUACAGCUAUGAAUGAAAACAUUUACUUUAUUACUUGUUAUUUAGCUACAGAACGUAAACCUACGAAAGUUAUGUAUCUUAUUUAAUUUUUGGCCAUUCCAACAAUCUUUAAAACUUAUGCUUGUGGUUUAUUUAGAAUAACUCAUUGGGAAUUUAUUCAUCCAACUUUUUUUGGCACAGUUGUUUGGGCUGGAUUCUGGGUUUAUAUGGGAUCUAAUUUAGAUUCACUUGCUGAUGUAUUAUAAUCAGGAGAUACUAGUAAUUAUGUUCCACUUUGGUUAAAAUUAAUUAUGGUUAUCAUAGUUAUUUUUAUAAUUUAUUAUUUUAUUAGAUUGACAAAUUCCAUUUAUACAGAAAUUUAAAAUGAUGCAAGUUUAGCUGAUUUAAGCCAUAUUUUAGAAAAAGAAGAUGAAGAAUAAGAAAAACUCUUAAUUUAUAAUGAAGAAACUUAAAUCUAAGAAGAAAAUGAACCCAGUAAUAAUAGAUGA